AAUUAUGAAGUAUUAUUAAAAAAUAAACAAAAUAUGUUAUAAAAAUGCAGAGGAUCUAAAAUAAGGUGCUGUGCUAUUUUUAUUAUCGCUAAGAUUAUCCAAAAAUUCCUUAAUUGUUUGUUUACUUUCGUUUUACAAUACUUUUACUGCUGCAGUGAAACGUCAAAUUGACGUUUUGAUAACUAGCGUUCAUUUUGCUUUCCAAAUAACUGAGGUUUUAAGUCGUGUCGCAAUGUCAAGAAGUUUAUAAAAUAAUAUUAAAUUGAAUGAAAGCGUUUAAAGUUGAUUACUUACUUUUGUUUGUAUUUAAUUUUACUUUUUAAGAAAUUUAAACAAUAUUCAUAUAUAGGUAUUCGAAAUAAAUUAUUUGCUUUAAAGAAAAAUGAUUCCUUUUGAAAGAAAAUAAAAAACACAAAGUUAUCAGCUAAACAGAUUUUUGCUGUCACAAGAUAUUGCAAGAAACAAACAGGAAAUUUUUCUACGUCAAGGCUGCUGACUGUACGGAAACUGUACUGUUUUACUAAAUGCUAACGGCUCAAUUUAAUCAGAAAAAGAAGUUCAAUUUUAAAAUUUUUUCGUAAUGGAAAAGAAAUUCAUAGAAUUAGUGAAACAAAAUAGAUUUUUAUACGAUAGGCAGGAAAAAAAUUAUGGGAAUGUAACAUUGAAACAACAGAAAUGGAAAGAAAUAGCUGAUGAAUUAGAGUAUCCAGUUGAAAGAAUAAAACAAAGAUGGUUCAGUUUGCGCGAUUGUUAUCGAAAAGAAAGAAGAAAAAUGAGCAGAGAUGAUGGAUACAAAAGUUCUUGGAAACAUUUUCAUUAUAUGAAUUUUUUAGAUGAUAUUCCUAAAAGGAAUAUAAAUGAUUGGUCUUUUAAGUCAAAGGAUGAAGAAAGAAUAUCUGAUUUUGAAACAUUUUGUAUAAAUGAAGAUGAUACAACUUGUUUAGAUAAUAAAGAAAAGGAUUAUUGUUCAGAAACAAAACCGCAGUAUCACAAAAAUGAAUCUUGUGAUGGUGAAAAUGAUUUUUACGAAGUAUAUCUUGAAGAAGUUCCCAAAAGAACAAAAAAUAUUACUGAAGUUAAACCGGUAAAGUCUAUCAAAUCAAACUCUGAUAAACGAGAUUGCAAUAGCGAAGAUGGUGAUAAAUUAUUUAGUCAGAUGGUAGCUUCAUCUUUAAGUUCAUUAUCUCGCCUGAAUAGUAUAAAGGCAAAAACCGAAAUAUUUUGUAUCUUAGAGAAAUAUGUUGAAAAUUAGGCGAAUGGUAAUUAAUAAAUAGAUAGAAUGUAAAUAUGUAUGCAUGAAAAUUUUUGUAUGUUGAAAAAUUAUAAGAAAUCACUAUUUUAUUCAAAAUAAAUGCAAUU